AUGUCUUGUGGAAGUCCUUCUAGUCAAUCUCGUCUUUCCGUUCCCGGUAGAACUACUCAGCCCCAUUUACCUCCUUUGACAAUCCCACACAGUAUGAACGGAGAAGGAGGUGUUGCUACUCCCAACACUCCUCACGGACUUUUGCCUACAGGCCUUCUCGUGGGAAGUCCAUUUGUGCAGAGUCCUACUAGUUAUACUCCAAUGCAGGGUAUGCCGUUUGGUGCCCCUCAAAUGGCUGCGCAUUCUCCUCAUCCUGCACCCAGUUAUAACGUUUCUCAUGUUACUAGCCCAAUCGUCCCAAGUUUCGCUCCUGGGUAUUACCCUAUGCCCAGCAAUCCUACCGGACAACAGCCCGUGAAAACUGUAUACGUUGGAAACCUGCCAUCCGGAACACCCAUCGAUGAAAUUUUGUCUUGUGUCCAUACCGGUCCUAUCGAAUCAGCUUGGAUCUUGCCAGAGAAAAAUUGUGCUUUUAUAUCGUUUCUGGAUCCUACCCAUGCUACAGCUUUCUUACAAGAAUCCCACAUGAAGCGUCUCACUAUCAGAGGAGCAGAUGUCAAAGUAGGUUGGGGUAAAAACUCUGCUUCUAAUUCGUCUGUUUUAAUGGCUGUUCAACAGUCGGGAGCUUGCAGAAACGUUUUUCUUGGUAAUCUUCCCAGCGGUAUCACCGAUGAGGAAAUUCGAGAAGACUUGGGGCCUUUUGGUCCUAUUGACCAAAUUAAAAUAGUUGUGGACAAGAAUAUUGCUUUCGUUCAUUUUCUCAAUAUAGCAGCUGCCAUCAAGGCCGUUCAAAACUUACCAUCAAAUCCCAAGUGGACUAAACGAAGGAUAUUUUAUGGUCGUGACAGAUGCGCUGGUGGCUUAAAGCAGCAACCCUAUAAGGGUCAAUUAGGUGUCAUAUCACCUAGUUACCCAAUGAUGGGAUACCCACCUGCCAGUCCUGUUAUGGGAAAGCCUGACAUUAUAACAACCGGCAACCGAACUGUUUAUAUUGGUAAUAUUCAUGCUGAUACAACUAUCGAAGAAAUUUGCAACACUGUUCGUGGUGGCUUACUUCAUAAUAUCCGUUUCCUUCCAGAGAAGCACAUUUGUUUUGUAACAUUUGUUGAUCCUGUUUCUGCUUAUCGCUUUUUUGAAUUAACUAGCAUUAACGGACUAGUCAUUCGCAACCGUCGCCUAAAAAUUGGAUGGGGUAAACAUAGCGGUCCACUACCUUCUAACAUUGCACUUGCCGUUGCUGGUGGAGCUAGUCGUAACAUUUACAUUGGAAAUGCAGAUGAUUCUCUGACGGUAGAGAGACUCAAGCAAGAUUUUGAGGAAUACGGGGAGAUAGAGUAUAUCAAUCUUUUCCGCGAAAAGAGUUGUGCCUUCGUGAACUUCACCUCUAUUUCUAAUGCCAUUUAUGCUUUGGAAUGUAUCAAACAGAAGAAUGGAUACGAACAUUUCCGCAUCAGUUAUGGUAAAGACAGAUGCGGUAACCCACCAAGGACAAGUUCGAAAUCUGAUGUCUUGUCUGUUUCAUCUGACAUGAGCAUGCCUAUUGAUGUCGUUGUGCCUCAACCGACCAUACCAGGUUUUAUGCCAGCUAAUGCUAGCGUUUAA